AUGGUCAUACCAAUGAAAUCGAUGAGAAUUCUCGAGAAAUUGAUGAAAAUUCAGGAAAAUAUGAAAAACUUAAGUGGACAACGGUGGAGCGAUUGGAUUCGCAAACACAACUAUUCAUUGGAAAUACAUUACGUGGUAACCGAAGAUGGUUAUAAUCUAACUCUACAUCGCCUGCCAAGACCGGGUUCAAGUCCCAUAUUACUGCUGCAUGGUUUGCUGAGCUCUUCCCUGGCCUGGGUUAUAAUGGGACCGGGGAAAAGUUUGGCCUUUCAGUUGUUUAACAAUAAACAUGAUGUUUGGUUGGCCAAUUUACGAGGCUCAGCUUAUGGCCGCAAUCAUUCCCGCUUCACCAUCAAGGAUGCCGAAUUUUGGAGUUUCAGCUUCCACGAAUGGGGUCGUUACGAUCUGCCAGCCAUUGUUGACCACAUUCGCAAUGAAACAUCAUUUCAUCAAGUUUGGUUAAUUGCCCACUCCCAGGCUUUUAAUGCCAUUUUGGUAUUGUGCUCCCUGCUGCCACAGUAUAAUGAGCGUUUACAAUUUGUACAGGCUUUAGCACCAAUUGUCUCCUUGCGGAAUCAGGUUAAAUUCACGAAUGAUGAUGUGAGGAAAAUCUUUCGAUUUGUUAAGAAGAAAGCUAAUGCCGAUGAUUUUGAACUGCUCCCCAAAAGUUUUAUGCGUGACAAAUGCCUCAGAUCUUCUCAACGAUCGGAAUGUGAAAAAUGGUUUCAUCUUCUUGCUGGUAAUGGCCAGUAUGAUGGGGCCAUGAACACCCUACUCUAUGGUCAGCUGCUGCAGGGUGGUUCAGUGAAAGAAGUAACCCAUCUACGCCAAAUAUGGAAAUCAGGUGAUUUCAUUUGGUUCGACUACGAACCACAAGGCAAUUUAUUACAGUACAGAAGUGUAUCGCCACCUAGUUAUAAUUUGUCACAAGUCACAGUUCCAAUGUUGUUAUAUUUUGGUGAUACCGAUGCCAUAGCUACGCCCGCAGGUGUUCAUUCCAUUUAUGCCCAUAUGUUGGAUAACGUCAAGGGCGUUUAUCGUAUUGAUGCGGAGAAAUUCAAUCAUUAUGAUUUCUAUAUAUCAUCGGAGUUGAAGAAAUUGGUUAACGAUCGCCUGAUGGAGCAUAUGGAGAAGGCGAGGAAAAAUCAAUUGAAAUACGUGAUAGAAUAA